AUGCAUUUUUCAGCAACAGUUCUACUUCCCGUUCUUCAGUUGGCCGCUGCGGUCCCUUACCACCAAACCAAUGAUGCCGAUAUGCAACUCGUAGUAACCCCUGAGACUGCGCACAAGGAUACUCUGCAGACCAUUGAAACUCAAGUUCAUGCAUCUGAAAGUAAAGAGUUUGAACUCAAAAUCCACGUGGACAUAUCCACCCAACCUACAUCAACGAUGACUGAGAAAAUCCCAGGAUGGGUUUUUUUUGACGGGAAAAACAUCCAAGGACGCGUUCAUGGCAACACCUUCUGGAAAAUUAAGGGGGAGCUUGCAGAUGACUUCCCAGUCGAGGAAUGGUUAUUUGACCCUGUAUUGUUCGCUCUUGACCAUCCCAAGGACUUUGAGGGCGACUUUACUGGUGAAAUUGGGAAAGGUCAAAUGAAAAUGAACUGGACUUCAGGUGCCACUAUCAUUGGUAGAAGUUCCGGGUUAGAGGGUUACACGAUCAAGGGGAAGACUCUUAUUGACUUCUCUCCAUAG